AACGGGAUUCUUCAAACUGCUUCAUUCCUCCGUCUGCACGAAUAGGGAUUCCGUCAUGAAGCACCCAGCCUUACCUUCUUUUGUAUGCCGCUCGCAUAAUCGAUUUGCGCCGUCAAUUGCUCUGUGGCAGUAUUACGUGCUUCCAAACCAACGCAACGGUUUCCAACCACGAUGGUCGUCAACCUCAACUGCCGCCGUGGUAGACACACCUACUACACCUGGUUCAUCCGUAGAUGACGUCUUCCCUUCAAUUGUCACCGAUGACCCCAUACAACCACUGGAAGACAGUACGCGGGAAUCUGGGAAUGCGAACCAAGAAGAGUCAAGGACAGUCAAAAAUGUUGUGAAGACGAGGAAAGGCAAAUCAGAGUUGAGACUACGUCCUGCUGAAGAAGCGCGGAACAAGCAGAGCAAUUAUGUGGAACGCCUCCCGAAAAAUGGAAAAGGCAAAGCUGUCAAAUACACAAAAAUCGAUCAACAUGAUCACGCAUUCAGCAAAAAAGUGCCAUGGCACACACACCCCUCGGACCGUGUGGAUGCAAUGGAGAGACUUACAAUCGAGAUGGUCCGAUUCUCCAGAUACGCGCGCCCCAACGGCGUCGAAUCCUUCGCACGUAAACGACUAAUCAGGAUGAUGAGAACCCAUGUGAAAAAGGCAAUACCGAAUGCAGACAUCGAAGUCUUCGGCUCGGAGCAGACAGGUCUCGCGCUCGCCCUCUCGGACAUCGACAUCCUCUUAAAGAUAGAAGGGCUCCGGGGACACAACGAAGACGGAACCAUUUCACGGACGGCGAAAGCAAGAGAAGAAAUGAACGGCCACCUCAAAGUCCUCCGGAGGCACCUACGCGAAUCACAUCAAUACGAUCCCUGCAACAUCUACUGGUCGCGAUUCCCCCUCCUCGAUACGACGCACAUCACCACGGGCCUCAACAUCCAGCUCGUCAUCGGCAACAUCAACCGCCCGAGCGAAGACCUCAUCCGCUCGUACCUCACCGAGUUCCCAUACCUGCAUGAGCUCUGGCCCAUUAUCAAGACGACCUUCGAAUUCAGAGACAUGAUGGACGUCCGCAAGGGCGGCAUCACCAGCUACCCGCUAUUCAUGAUGACCGUCGCCGCACUCCGACACACCCCUCCCGAGACCCCAACCGCCGGCGCCGCGCUCCUCCAAUUCCUCAAGUUUUGGGGCAGAUUCGACACCGCGAAGCACGGCCUCUCCAUCGACCCCCCAGAAUACUUCGACAAAUCCCAAGUCCUCCCACUCUCAGAAGUAAACAGCGCCACCAUAGAGAACCAAGGCUUCAACCCCACGCACCUCCUCUGCCUCCGCGACCCCGCCGACCCGACAAACGAUCUCGGCCGCCGCGCGACACUCAUAAAGCACUUCCAAGCGACGUGCCAGGGGCUCUACGUGAGCAUGCGGCGGCGGCUCGAGACCAACGGCGACGACUCGCUGACUUCGCCGCUCGUCGGCGCGGUGCACGUGCUGAACGCGGACAGGAGGGCACGGCUGCUGUCGGCGGGAUACUGGGCGAAUGGGCAUCUGAAGGCGGCGGGGGGAGCUGCCGGCGGCGACGACUCGGGUGAAAAGUUGUCGUUUCGGAAGAUUAGUGUGGACUGAGAGGAAUUCGGGUCUGUAUUAUAGUGUAUGUAUAAAUGUAUAGAGAGUCUGCUAUCAACAGCCCUUCGGGUUGUUGGUAGUGGGGUCGUGGAAGAGAUCCUCCGGUGCCUGUUGUUGGCUGAACGGAAAUCACAAAGCUCGUCUCGUACUACCCAUUGUGCGUAGAUGUACAACUAUGGUUUACUUCACAGGUUGAUACAUCUUACCAUGGCAACGUGGUCUUGCCUUGCUUUCACAAAUGGUCUGAGUUCACUGUAGCUGAUGAGAAGGGUGAGGGGUACAAAC